UACAAGAAACCCCAAGAAAGACCAACAAAAAAUGGCCAAGUCUUUUACCCUCUUCCCAACCCUUGUGAUACUCAUCCUCUUCAUCGUGAUCAUCUCUUCACCUCGGAUUCAAGCCGGCUUCACCAAUGACCUCGACGGCCUGGAGUGGGCCACGAGCGGAGUCCAUGGCGGCUCAGGUUGCCACGGUUCAAUAGCAGAGUGUAUCGGGGCAGAGGAAGAAGAAAUGGACUCGGAGAUCAGUAGAAGAGUAUUGGCGACCACAAAAUACAUAAGCUAUCAAUCGUUAAAAAAGAACAGCGUGCCUUGUUCAAGAAGAGGUGCGUCUUAUUACAACUGUCAGAACGGAGCUCAAGCUAAUCCUUACAGUCGUGGUUGCAGCAAAAUUGCUCGUUGCAGGAGUUAAUUAGAACCCACUACGCACGUACACAAAGAAGAAAAACUAUCUAUCUUCUUCA